GCGCUAUUAGUUCUCUUUCUGUUGUAAUAACGCAACGCUGCGUUUUCGGCGAUGUGGCGAUGCUUAACAUUAGAAAGUGCAAACGUUAAUAAAACGUGCGAAUAAAUGCACUGAACUGUUUUAGGGAUAUUUCCUGGAUUCAUAUUAUUAAAACAAGUCGCCGCCGGGAGGUAUCUGUUUCUCCUAGUAUGCUCUCAUUAAGUUGAAGACUGCUGGGCUACUCCUUCACAAACCUCGGGUCUUCUUUCUGGCAGCGGUGCAGCCCAGAAAGCUUUUGUCAAAGCUGCCAGCGUUUCACAGCUGUAAAGCCGUGAGGUUUUGUUUGCUUGUGUUUCGCUAUUUCUCUACCUAAAAUCCAAUAAAAAAAAGUCCGCCGGAUGGUUUUCAGGCAUCCAACUAAGUGGUCGAACUAACGCCUGAACUAAUGAGUCACAGUUCCACGGUGUUGUCUUCCUGUGCCGAACAGAAGCAUCUCGGUAUAUUCUCCAGUCAGAUCUCAUUGUCCAGCAGAUGGUACGGGAGCAAUACACAUCCACGACGCAAGGCACGAGCCUCCCGCGCCACGAGAGCCAGCAUGUCUACAAGAUCGGGAUCUACGGCUGGAGGAAACGCUGCCUCUACCUGUUCAUCCUGCUCAUGCUCAUCAUUUUGGUUGUGAACCUCGCCCUGACCAUCUGGAUCCUCAGAGUGAUGUGGUUCAAUGCGGAAGGAAUGGGACUUUUAAGAAUAACAAGUGAUGGGCUCAGACUUGAAGGAGAGUCUGAAUUUCUCUUUCCACUCUAUGCCAAAGAGAUUCACUCCAGAGAGGAGUCUUCCCUGCUUCUUCACUCCUCUCAGAACGUCACAGUCAAUGCCCGAAACCAAGAUGGGGAUGUGACAGGAAGAUUAACAGUAGGUCCGCAGAUGGUGGAAGCUCAAGGACAGCAUUUCGAGAUUAGCUCCGCCAGUGGCAAGAUGCUCUUCUCCGCGGACGAGAAGGAAGUGGUGGUGGGGACAGACAAGCUCCGCGUGACAGGUCCAGAAGGCGCUCUCUUCGAACACUCGGUGGAGACUCCGCUAGUCAAGGCUCAGGCUUUUAAGGACCUGAGACUGGAGUCUCCGACCCGGUCCUUGAGCAUGGACGCCCCAAAAGGAGUGCACAUCAAGGCGCUGGCAGGCAACAUAGAGGCCACGUCUCAGAUGGACAUCUUGCUCCACACGAGUGAGGGAACGCUGAUCCUGGACGCUGAGACAGUGCGCUUGCCCAAGUUACCUCAGGGGACGAGAGGAGUGCCAGGAAACUCUCAGGGACUCUACGAAGUGUGUGUGUGCCCAGAUGGAAAACUGUACUUGUCUGUGGCGGGCGUGGGUUCCACGUGCCACGAAUACAGCCGUGUCUGCCAAUAACCCCCCCCAGGGAUUCCUACCUGUUCUCUGGAGGCUUUUUCCUGGGAUUUCAUUUUCUUUCAGCUUCUGAGGUCAACAUUCAGCCCCAAAUGACUGACAAAACACACGCCUUCAAUAGAAACCGAAGACGUCUCAGAGAAUCCCCAGGGCCCCUUUCCUCUCUGAAGGGUAACUAACUACAGUACAUAAGCCUUCAAGAGACACCGAAGAGCACAAUACAGCUUUAAAGGAAACUGCCAGUAUACCAAGCAGCUUUGUCCACAUUUCUACUGUUCUAGAGACAAUAAUUUAAAAUGCUGUGUAUACAUUCACGUAAACAGUUGUAUUCUUUCACCACUUUAAUACGGAAUUACUUACCUAUGUUUUUAAAAAAAGGCAACUGCUAACGUGUGCAAAAGAGCUGGGUGCCAACCCAGGUGUUUGUCUGGAGCUCUUCUGUGUUGCUGUGUGCACAGACGGUAGAGAGGCCUUUUCGGCUCCUGGCCCUGUGUCUUCUAUGCAACAAGUUGUUUGUGUGCUUGCAGUAACAUUGAGGUUGUUUGAAAUGUAAUCUACUCACGAGGAAUGGGAAAGACAGUCCACUAUAUGUUGUUUCUUUUUUGAUUUAAAAGCAAGUUUGGAAACACACCAAGCAUGUUCUUGGCGUGAAAGGAGCAAACCCCAAAGAUCUGGGAUCAAACUACCGUCAGUUCUUUCUCAAGACGUCCAGUGGGGAAAACAGUACAUGAGAACGUGCCACACAAGAGAUCCUUUAAUUUUUUUUAAGUAAAAACCUUUAAUCCAUUCAUUUUUUUGUUUCUACAUACUUCCAAAAACAAGUUAUUGUCUAAGUGUGUAGAGUUAUCCAUUUCACUGCCAUGUGAGUAGAGGAUUGUUUGGUGUUCGUUAGCAUUGAAAAGGUCGUGAAAGGGUUCUGAUUCAUUGGAGAAUGACUGGGCCGCACCAAGUUACAGACGUUACUUCACAGGCUGGUACAAGUAGUCUGCUAGGUUCCGCUACUUGAUGUGUGAUUCCCUAUUUUGAGUUUCCGUAUUCAUUAUAUUUAUUCACUAUAUUUUUGUCAUUCAGAAGAUUCUACAUAUGACCAGCACACCAGCAUAUACAAUAUGGUCAUAACUGAAAACAUAGCCUGCCUGGUAAAGCAGUAUUAAUAAAUAUCAUCAUGCUUUUCCUUAAUGUGACAUCCUUGCAUAUUCUCAACCCUCUCUUUCCAAAACACUGUGUCCACUGUUAGGAUUAUGGUUAAGACAUUUGUUUUAACACAUUUGUGAAAUGGCAAUGUUAGAAAAGGCCCAGUCUAACUAAUAAAAAACAGUGUAGAGGUAGACUUCUAAAGUUACUGACCUGGACAUUUUCUGUUUUGUGGAAAGUGAUGUGUUAAAACUGGUGGCAAUUAAAAUAUAGAGAUUAUAGUCAAUAAGGCAGAGCUAAAAAGAGAUUUACAUUAUGAGGAUCAGUGGUACGGGGGUUAAAAACAGCCACUGGAAAAGAGAUAGGACCUACUCCGGCACAUCUGAACAAAUAUAACCUUAAAGCUAGCUAGUUACAGCAGUGAAAAUGCAAGACCUAUUUUAAAUAGCAGCUGAAACUAAAAAUCAACAAAACAGUUUGCCUUUGAACUCCUUUGGGCCUUAUUGCAGUAUAUAUUACAAAACAAUGGCUUCAUAUUAUUUAUACAUUAUUGUUUUUGCUUAGGCAGCCUUUCAAGAGUGCCAGAAAAAUGCUUAGAGAAAUAAUUGUGAUUUGUGAAUUAGAAAUGCCUUGGUUUUCUCUGAUGGAAAAGUAAUAUUUGGCAGUGUUGCCACCUCAUUUCCCAGAUAUAUCUUCACACCCACUUUAUAUAUAAAUAUAUGUAUAAAUAAAUAGAACUUUUGAAAUAUAACAUGAUGCUGGUAUCAUUCUGCUAUAGCACAUUCAUUGUUCAGUCCAAUUUAUUUCUUAAUUAUUUCUUAAUAACAGAAACAAAAUCCUUUAAAUGUUAUUGAAGGAGCACUGUGCGCUGAGGCAAAAAGCUGAGGCAAUCUUAUAAAAUCCAAUGAAAUUAACAACCAAACUUUGUAUGCAGAAAUAAAAGGCUUUUGUGUUAUUCAACUAAA